CCAAGUCAGACCAUUUCUCAAAACCCGUCGAACCGGCCUGAACCCCUUCCGCAAACCACCCCGACCAAUUGACCACCCCGACGACCGACACCAUGUUCCUGCAGCGCUCUGCCGUGGCCGCCGCGCGCCGCGCCGCCGUGUCCGCCCCCGCGCUCCGUCGCAGCAUCGCCACCACCGCCGUGCGCCGUAAUGCCGUUCCCGACCAGCCCAAGAUCAAGACUCUCAGCGAGAUCAAGUCGGAGGAGGACCUUGUCGGCCCCGGCGCCCGCAUCGGCACCGUCCCCACCGACAUCGAGCAGGCCACCGGUCUCGAGCGUCUCGAAAUUCUCGGCAAGAUGGAGGGUGUCGACGUCUUCGACAUGCGGCCGCUGGAUGCCUCGCGCCUCGGCACACUUCAGAACCCCGUGAUGGUCCGCUCCGCCGGUGAUGAGCAGUACGCCGGCUGCACCGGUGUCCCUGCCGACUCCCACAACGUCAUCUGGCUUACGAUGAGCCGCGAACGCCCCGUCGAGCGGUGCCCCGAGUGCGGCAGCGUCUACAAGAUGGAGUAUGUUGGUCCCGAGGACGACCACCACCACUACCACAACCCCCACGGCCUCGAGGAGCCCAAGACCUUUGCCAACUACGUCAAGCCCGAGUACUGGUAAACAGCGAUAUGCACAGGGGCGAAGGGGGGACGAGAUACAAGGGGCUGGAACAGGGCUGGGCUUGUAGCAUAUGCGGACAGCAAAUGAGGAGGUUGUAUAGAGGACUUUUCUAUGUCUCUUGACCU